AUGAUUCGAAUUGCUGCUCGUCCGGCCACCACCUCAUUGUCCACCCAUGCCGAAUGUCACACCACACCACAUAUCGAAACACCCGAGGAACGAACACGAAGAAUUUGGCGCGGAGCGGACGCGGUCGCAUUCGAUGUGGACUCAACCGUUUGUCAGGACGAAGCGAUCGACGAGCUCGCCAACUUUCUCGGCGUAGGCGAAGCCGUCGCCAACGUCACCCGACAGGCUAUGAACGGGAAUGCACGAUUUCGGCAUGCCCUCCAGGCUCGUCUUGAAGUGAUGCGACCAACCUAUGAUCAAUUAGAAGCGUAUGCGAAUGAAACGAAACCGAAGCUAACACCUGGAAUACGACAACUUAUCGAUGCUUUACAUAAACGUGGUACGGAUGUCUUCCUGGUAUCCGGUGGUUUCCGAAGGCUCAUCUAUCCAGUUGCUGAUAUCCUAGGUAUCGAUCGGAAGCGAAUCUAUGCGAAUGAGAUCCUUUUCGACACACAUAAGAACUAUGCCGGUUUUGAUGAGAACGAGCCGACCAGCGAUUCAGGAAGCAAGGAUGUCGGUAAACCAGCUGUUAUGGGUCUUCUAAAGAAGAAAGGCUACAAACAAUUGGUUAUGGUCGGUGACGGUGCGACAGAUUUGGAAGCAUCACCGCCAGCCGAUGCAUUUAUUGGAUUCGGUGGAAAUCAGGUCCGAGAAGCUGUACGGAAUAGGGCUGAUUGGUAUGUGAUGGAUUUUGACGUAUUACGCAAAGCGUUGGAAUAA